GCAGACAGACAGACACUGAAAAAAAAAAUAGGCUGGCGGACAAGGAGGAGAGGGGAAGAGCAUGGGUUCUUUCUAACAUUUAUGCACGAGAGAAGUUACUAACAUUAAUUACCUGAAAGAAAUGCAUCAGUGAUCUGAUCAAAAGGACGGAUGAAUAACAACAAUAAUCAAAAUUUUAGGAACCAAGUUAUGAGACGCCAUGGAACCACUGGGAGUCAAACCGCAAGUAGUAGAUGUGUGGAGCUUGCCAACCUGGGCUGUUUCGGAGCCUGGGACACCUCCCCUGCUACCUCCACAGCCGACUCCCAACCAUGCGAUGCCACCAUUUAGGAUAAGCAAGAGUCUCAAUAAUAAGAUCUGUCUGUGGAAUGGAGACAUAACCUGCCUGAAUGUAGAGGCCAUUGUACAUAGCACCAAUGAGUCCUUGAAUGAACGCAGUGCCACUAGUGAGAGGCUCCUGUACAAAGCUGGGUCUGGGCUGAAGUAUGAGCUCGCACACAAUAUCAAGAGCUGUAAAACAGGUGAAGUGUGUAUUACGGACGGUUACAACCUUCCAGCACGAUAUGUGAUCCAUACUGUGGGCCCGCGGUACAACAUCAAGUAUCAGACAGCUGCUGAGAGUGCUCUUCACUACUGCUACAGACGAACUUUAGAAUGUGCACGCGAGAAGAAAAUCCGAACCAUUGCCUUUUGCCCAAUCAAUUCUGUAAGAAGAGGCUUCCCCCCAGACCAAGGUGGACACAUAGCACUGCGCACUGUAAGACGAUUUCUUGAGCGCUUCAGCCAGCACAUGGAGAGGAUUGUGUUUGUGGUGAACAGCAUAGAUGUAAGCAUUUAUGAGAUCCUGCUACCGCUCUAUUUCCCCAGAACAAUGCAGGAUGAAGAUUGUGGAUGUUAUUUGUUACCUAAUGACCUUGGAGAUGAGUUGGGAGAACCACUAAUCCCAGACAGACAGAUUCGGAUAAUUGACAAUCCACAGCAUAAAUAUGAAGACCUGAUUCAAUUGAAACGAGGUAAUGUAAGCCGUGGAAAAAGAUUCCCCCGCCCCCCUCGUAAUGCCAUAGACCAUUUUCUUUUUUUUUUUCACCACCUUUAUUUCUAGCCCUAGAGGAGAGAGAGAGAGUGAGUUGCAAUCUAGAUUCUGACAAGACUCUUGGUCCGAGCUGCCGGGAAAAAUAGUGGUAUGUGUUCCCCUCGGCAGCCUGUAUGUGGAUGGAGCUUGGCAUGUGUAGCUGGUCUUAGCUAACCUUGUCGUUUGUUGUUGUUGUUUGCGUAGUGGUUUAUUUCUCUUGUUGGAUGGCAUCAGUCCUCUU